CCCACACCCAUAAUCAAAUAAACAUAUAUAACCAAAACCCACUACACAUAAACAAUGAAUCCAUCUCUCUCCCUUCCCAUUUCCCUUUCCAUCCUGCUCUUCGCUGCCGUCUCCCAUGCCGCCAUCAUCAACGUCCUGAACAACUGCCCGUACACCGUCUGGGCGGCGGCAGUACCCGGCGGUGGCCGCCGCCUCAACAGGGGCCAGAGCUGGCAAAUCAAUGCCCCCUCCGGCACAACCCGCGCUCGCGUUUGGGCCCGAACAGGCUGCAACUUUGAUGGCUCCGGCAGGGGCAAGUGCCAGACGGGGGACUGCAACGGGUUGCUGGAGUGCCGCGGCUACGGAGCGCCGCCCAACACGCUGGCGGAGUACGCCCUAAACCAGUACAGCAACCUGGACUUCUUCGACAUAUCGCUGGUGGACGGGUUCAACGUGCCCAUGGAGUUCAGCCCGACGUCGAACGGGUGCACCCGCGGCAUCAAGUGCGCGGCGGACAUCGUGGGGCAGUGCUUGAACGAGCUGAGGGCCCCGGGCGGCUGCAACAACCCCUGCACCGUUUUCAAGACGGACCAGUACUGCUGCAACUCCGGCAACUGCGGGCCCACCUAUUUUUCCAAGUUCUUCAAGGCCAGGUGCCCCGAUGCUUACAGUUACCCUAAAGAUGACCAAACCAGCACCUUUACUUGCCGUACAGGAGCCAACUAUAAGGUUGUCUUUUGCCCUUAAAAAUGUUCUCUAUAUAUGAAUAUUGAACGUAUGUAUAUUGCAUAAGAGGGUUUGGAUCCAUAUCCUUUGAUGAGAUGGGAUUCAAAGCUAUAUAUAUAUAUAUGGAAGAAUAAGGUAUAGCUGUACGGCUGGCUGUGCUGUGCUCAUGUUCUCCGCAACCCAGCGUUGAAAUAAACCUAACGGGACAAGAGUUUGUAGUCUUUCGUUUUGUUUAUAUUUUUCUAAUCAUAAUUAACGUCU